UCGGACAGAAAGCGACCCACAGAGAACGAGAGCGCGCGCGCGUGUUUGUUUGUGUGCGUGAGAGAGGAAGGAAAAUCAGGGAUGCAGCGCGUGCCUUGAAGCAUGCCUGAACAUGGCACUUUCUAGGAUUUAUCAGUUCCUAAUUUUCCUGCUGCUUUUCUUCUUUUCCUGCUUGGGACCGGGCCGGGGCGCGCGGAACUAUCCUGAUAAUGAAGUUACAUUACUGGACUCGAUGUCUGCUCUGGGGGACCUUGGAUGGGAGGCGUAUCCAGCCGAAGGGUGGGAGGAGAUCAGCGUGAUGGAUGAGCGUAACACGCCCAUGCGCUCGUACCAAGUGUGCAACGUGAUGGAGGCUAACCAGAACAACUGGCUCCGCACUCGCCACAUCGCUCGCCACGGUGCUCAGCGCAUCUACAUUGAGAUCAAGUUCACGCUACGUGACUGCAACAGCCUUCCCGGAGUCCCUGGGACUUGCAAAGAGACGUUCAACAUGUACUAUCACGAGUCCAACGACGACAACCUGUGGUUCAUCAAGGAGAGCCAGUACGUCAAGAUUGACACAAUUGCUGCCGAUGAGAGCUUCACACAGACCGACGUUGGUGAUCGCGUCAUGAAACUGAACACCGAGGUUCGGGAUAUCAGUAACCUGAGCUUAAAAGGCUUCUACUUGGCGUUUCAGGAUGUUGGCGCAUGCAUCGCUCUUGUCUCACUGCGGGUUUUCUAUAAGAAGUGCCCGGCUGCUGUGCAAAACCUGGCAUAUUUCCCUGAUACAGUGACAGGGGGCGAUUCGGCACUUGUUGAGGUGCGUGGAUUGUGCGUUAACAACUCUGAGGAGUUUGAGUCACCGAAGAUGUACUGCAGUGCAGAUGGUGGAUGGCUGGUACCGAUUGGGCGCUGUAUCUGCAAGCCAGGCUUCGAGGAGGGCAAGGACUACUGCCAACCUUGCAGACCGGGUACAUACAAGGCCUCGGCCAAAGAUGCCUACUGCACCAAGUGUCCUCCACACAGCUACUCGCAGCAGGAGAAGGCAUCUGAGUGCACAUGUGAGAAGGGCUAUUACCGAGCUGACAUGGACCCUCGAUCUAUGGCCUGCACUAGACCUCCAUCAGCUCCAGAAAAUGGCAUCUCCACACUAAAUGACACAUCUGUUGCACUGGAGUGGCGUCCUCCGCGAGACAGUGGUGGCCGCAGUGACCUCGCCUACAAUGUGCACUGCAGGAAGUGUGCAUCAGACGGCAGGAAGUGUGGCCCAUGUGGAAGCGGAGUCCACUUCACGCCACGGCAGUUUGGCCUUGAUGCAACAAAAGUGCUCGUGUCCAGCCUGCUUCCUAACACCGACUAUGCAUUUAGUAUCGAGGCAAUCAAUGGCGUCUCUGAUCUAAGUCCGAGUCCGAAACAGCAGCUCACAGUCAAUAUCACCACUGGCCAGACAGUGAGUGUUAUUCUGAAAGAGAGGAAGAGUAAAGACAGCAUCACUCUGGCGUGGCAGGGACCCAACAGACCCAACGGAGUCAUCGUCGAAUAUGAAGUCAUCUAUUACGAGAAGAACCAGCAGGAUCAGAACUAUACAGUGCUGAAGACAAAAUCUAACAUGAUGACUGUGGAAGGCUUGAAACCUGGCACUACGUAUGUAUUCAGGGUUCGAGCUCGAACUAACGGAGGCUACGGCAGCUACAGCGGAGAGAUCGAGCUGGAGACCAGCCAGGAAGAUAUGCUGGCUAUUGGAGAUCCCAACCAGUCCACCAUUUUGGCAGUGUCGAUAGCAGGAGGCGUGGUGCUGCUCAUCUUCCUCGUCGCCUGCUUCGUAGUGAGCGGAAGACAUUGUGGCUACAUCAAAGCAAAGCAAGAUCCCGAUGAGGAGAAGAUGCAGUUUCAACAUGGCAGAGUCAAAUUGCCAGGAAGUAGGACCUACAUCCAUCCACAUACCUACGAGGAUCCAAAUCAAGCCAUUCGCGAUUUCGCUAAGGAAAUCGACGCCUCCAACAUCCGAAUAGAGAGGGUCAUUGGUGCUGGGGAAUUUGGCGAGGUCUGUAGUGGCCGUCUGAAGCUACCAAGCAAGCGAGAGAUCUAUGUGGCCAUCAAGAGUCUGAAAGCCGGAUACACAGAGAAGCAGAGGCGCGAUUUCCUGAGCGAGGCGAGCAUCAUGGGCCAGUUCGAUCACCUAAACAUCAUCCGGCUGGAGGGGGUCGUCACUAAAUGCAAGCUGGUGAUGAUAAUAACUGAAUUCAUGGAGAACGGAUCCUUGGAUUCUUUCUUGAAGAAACAUGAUGGUCAGUUCACCAUUAUCCAGCUGGUAGGAAUGUUGCGCGGAAUUGCAUCCGGGAUGAAGUAUUUAUCGGACAUGAACUAUGUUCACCGUGACCUGGCUGCUCGGAACAUCCUGGUCAACAGCAACCUGGUGUGUAAAGUGUCAGAUUUCGGCUUGUCCCGAGUGUUAGAAGAUGACCCCGAAGCUGCUUAUACGACACAGGGUGGAAAAAUCCCCAUUCGAUGGACAGCACCGGAGGCCAUUGCUUAUAGGAAGUUCACUUCAGCGAGCGACGUGUGGAGCUAUGGUAUUGUCAUGUGGGAGGUGAUGUCGUAUGGCGAGCGGCCAUAUUGGGAGAUGUCCAAUCAAGAUGUCAUAAAAGCGAUUGAAGAGGGAUACCGUCUCCCCCCGCCAAUGGAUUGUCCAGUAUCUCUUCACCAGCUGAUGCUGGACUGCUGGCAGAAAGAGCGAGCUGAGAGACCCAAAUUCAGCCAGAUUGUCAACAUACUAGACAAGCUGAUCCGCAACCCCAGCACCCUGAAAGAGCUGGCCAACAGUUCUAUCUGGGAAGACCCGAUGACCCCAGAGUUUAGUGUCAAUAGUGUGGAUGAGUGGCUGGAUGCCAUAAAGAUGGGCCAGUACAAGGAAAACUUCACCUCUGCUGGCUAUGUUACAUUAGAUUCAAUAAUCUACAUCAGUGUAAGUGAGUUGAGUAAGAUGGGUGUGACCCUCAUUGGGCACCAGAAGAAGAUCCUCGCUAGUGUCCAGAGUAUGCAUGCCCAAGGGAGCCAUGUGCAAGUAUAACAGCUCUGGACAAACUGAUAGACAGAAAGAGGAGGAAAAAGAGAGACUGUGGAAGUGUGGAACCCAGAACAGUGCUUCACCAUGCCAACCCCCAAUCCCGGACGUUUGGCUGCAGCCCAGGAGCUCACAAUUUGUGCAGCGGAACCAGAGACUGAUUAGCAGUGGAAAAUUCAGACCAGACGGAUGAUGGUCAAACACAAACUCUGAUGAUUUAUGAACAUUUAUUGUGAGAUGUGUACAGUCAUUUGCAUUGUUGUUCCUUGUCAUUUGCUUCAUUUUUCAAGGUUUGAUUUAGCUGAAUAAAAAGGUGCCUGGGUGGAUUUGGACCUAAGGGUGCUGUGCUUGGCGCCAUAGUAUGGGCUUUGUAGUGUUGUGCUCUGAACAUGAUAGCAGACAGGGAGUGUGAUUUGCAGCCCUGGCUCACAAGAUGAUAUUUAUCCACACUGGCCAUUUUAAUGGUCUACAGUAAUAAUUACCGGUAUAUGAGGCACUCUUUCUGGUUGGAUUCUCUAACUGUUGGCAAUAGGAGAUUAUGUUUCACCAGUGAUAGUAGGGCUAGCAGUGAUCUAGAAACGUAAUGUAAUAUAAUGUAAUCCCAGUCUUUGCGUUUCAGGUUACGGCAUUAUGGUAUGACCAGACGUUGCAAUGAGUAGCGAAUUUAUGGUUAAGAUAAGAGUUGUCCCAUACUGUAAGAGAGGAUGUCCAGUAGAGAACAUCAGAGGUUUGUGUUUGUUUUUCUGGUGGGAUUGUGUUUGAUAGUUAAUGAUUGUCAUGGUUAUUAAAAUUGAGGAUGAGUCUCCAUCAGUGCACCAGUAUUGUCGCUUAAAAAAUAAGUGAGAAUGUGUCUGUGUGUGGACCUAUAAAGUGGCGUAAUUUGGGUUGGUUGUCAUUUCAAUUAUGUGCCCGUUUGUGUAUGUAGAGCACUAUGGUGCACAUGCUAUACACAUUGUCUUUGAGAACUUUAAAGGAAUUCUUGAUGUAAAAACAUCAAAAUAAAGGACAGCAGGUAUUGUCAAACAGUGCCAGCUGUCGUAUCAUUAAGAAAAAAGUGGCUUUUUACAGCCAAGUGUUCCUUUGAAGUUUUAAAGCAACUUAGCUUACACCAUUAGCUUUGUAGCUAACUUGGGAGCGUUGAAUCCCAAUUAAUAUACUAAUUAACAACAUCCUGAGUAUGGCAAGAUGUUACACAUAGCGCAAUAAUGCAUGAGAGCAUUAUGAGGAACACAAAAUAUAUAUACCGACUCUUCCCAGCUAGCAAACUGAUGCUUGUGUGGCUAAAUUGGCCCUCCCUAUAUAACAUUUUGUCAAUGUUGGGCCAUCAUUGGCAAAGUCAGUUUAACUGUGGCUGAAAGUUGGGCCUAAUGGCCCAGUGUUAGCCCAAUGGACAACAUUAUUUUGGGCCACUGUUGGCCCUAGUGGCCCAGUGUUAGCCCAAAGAACAACAUUAUAUUGGGCCCAUGUUGGGAAGUUGAACUUAAAGGUGGCCAAAACUUGGUCCUGUUGGCCCAACCUUAGCCCAAUGGACAAAAUUAUUUUGGGCCAACAUUGGCAAGGUGGACGGCUCCUAAAGAUGGCUCUGGUAUGUUGACUCUGGCCGCCCAAUGCUAUCCCAGUGUAUUUUGCAAUCCAACACUGGGCAAUGGCUGGCAAGGCUGACAAAAUCAGUUUGCUACCUUGCUGAGCUCUGAGCAUUAACAUUGAACAUCAUGUCUUUCACCGUAAGUUUGUUUCAGCAGAACGAGAAACACAAUUUACACUCCUGUAACAUAGUGUAUAAAUGUGUACAGUGUCAAAAACAAGUGAACAAAAAGCUGUAGAAUGUUUGUAAUGUACUUUUUCAUUUUCUGAAGAAAUAAAGGAUGAUGUGAGACGUAU